AGCCGCAGUCCACCAGAGCGCACGCGCAAACAAGAGGAGGAGAGAAGCUGCCAUUGCCGACGACCGCCAAGGAAGGGAUUCCGGAAGGAGGGGGAACCCACGGGAGGCCCAGCGCUGGGAUGUUGGCCGCGGACGUCAGCUCCGUCGCGAGGCUGCUCCGCGGGGAGGCGGUGAAGAAGGGCGGGCCGGAGAUCGUGACGAUGGAUCUUCUCGGCGGUUGUGGCGGCGGCGUGGCAGCGGAGGACGAGGUCGUGGACCUCGAUGUCACGGUGCCUGCCGGCUGGGAGCGACGGCUUGACCUCUUGUCCGGCAAGACGUUCCUGACCCCUCGCCACCAGAGCGUGCAAGGCGGUCACCAAGACCUCAACCUUCCUCCUCCGGCGGCAGGAUCCGCGUCGGCGCCAAACACCAACAACUCGUCAGCAGCGGUCUGUACCCUCGACAUGGUCCGCUCCGCCCUCGAGCGCGCGACUGCCGGAAGGACCGCCGCGUCGCCUGCAACGUCUUCCACAUCGUCCGCGUCCACCUCGUCGUCCUCCUCCGCGGGAAAGCGCAACCGCCGGUCGCCGCUGCCCGCGACUCCCGCGAUGCGCGCAGCCGCGUGCCCGUCCUGCCUCACUUACGUGCUCAUCGCCGAGGCGGACCCACGGUGCCCGCGUUGCGCGGCCAGGGUUCCACCGCUCCGCGGUAAGGCCGCCGGCGCCGCUACCGUAGGUAGUGGCAAGAAGCCGAGGAUUGACCUGAAUGCGGCUGCUGAUGAGAUGGAGUGAACGGAGAAAAAGAUUAGAGGAAAUUGGAACAGGAAAUAUAAUCAGGAAACGGGUUUCUUUUCG